GAGCUUAAAGUUAAAUUUAAUUACAAGUACAACUAUAAGAGAGCUCUGUGUAAGGAUCCUAAGGUGAUUAGGGACUACCGUUGCACGACCAUGCCACGACUGUCAGCAACGGCCGGUCUAGGCCGGAUUUCGAAAAACUUUUCCCGAUGCACCUACAACUUUAAUAAAUCUAGCUUUAUAAUAGGCGUUAUAUUAACAGGAGCUGUUGUUACAGGCUCUGAGCGUUAA